GCAGAUCUUUUUAAAAAGAGAUGCUACCUUCACAGCAAAAGGCCUGAUUGUGAGGAAUGAGCCAAAGGCAUGCAAGGCGUGGGGCGCUAUGGGGCUGCGCAGUGACGACCCAAUGAAGUAGGUGCCUUGACAAUUCCCAUUUCAUGGAUGAGACGACUCCGGCACAGAGAAGUCAGAGGGCCUAUCCUGGGUCACACAGCCACAGGCGGCCUCCAGAACGGGACUUCAGGGUGCACCACUGCACCCCAGGAGAGGCCUCCACCUGGCACACAGGGGAUGCUGGAGCAAUACUUGAAUAAAUAAGUGGAGGGAUCAGCCAAUGGCAUCCAUGGGCAGUGGCUGGGGAAAUGGAGCAAGUGAGGGCUCUUUUUUUUUCCUUUCAUCUAUCUUAAGACCCACUACGAGGGCCCUUUUCUACCAUGGGGUUUGGUUGCAAAAUGUGCAAGCAAGUUCCUUCUCCCCUCCUGAUCCAGGCUGGUGAUGGUGGGAGGCAGGAGACCUCACCUGCUCUUCACUCAUCUCAAGGAAGCUCCAGCCACUACCAGCGGAAAAUUCCUGCAUUUCUGACUCAAAAACCUAAGUGGAACGAGCUUCACGGUUAAGAUGUCCCAGGGACCCUCAUGAAAAGUUAGAGAAUCAUCAGAGGUUCUUUGAAGCCUGGAAAAUGAUUUUCCCGGGGAACUCACAAUACUAAUUAGAAUGCCUCUGCCUGAAAGGCUUUCCAGGCCCACAGUAGUUUUCUGAAGCAUGAAACAAAGCUUUCUCUUGGAACAAGGUGAAGCGUGGGAGAACAGAGUGGGCCGGGGAACUGGGAGCUGAACCCUGGAGGUAGCGGCUGCUGCCUGGAGUCUGAGGUGUGUGCCAGCAGUGUGGCUCCUGUCCUGGGGCCCCUGGGAGCCGCAUCACUGCCUCACUUGGGGGAUACCCUGCCCAUGUGGGCUGAUCUUGCUGCAACAAACAAGCUGACUUUUCCUCAACUGGGUGGGAGCCUUCGUUGGGACUGCAGAACAUGAUUACAACCACCAUCACUCCCAGGGAGCUGAGGAAACAUGGCCCAAACCAGGGCGGCCCACGGAGUUAUUACCUAACAAUUGUGCGUUAUACGGAUAGGUAAGGCUGUGGCCAGUUGCACCCUAUGGGGUAGGAUGAAGGUGGCCCCUCAUUCCUAUAAGUAGGUGGGACCACGCCUUCCCAGCUAAUGAAGGAAUUCACUCUCUGAAUGGGACCAGAAGAGUCUAUGCUGGUUAACAGAAGGUCACAGUCAUGGAAGGAGGCCGUGUUUGGAUGGUCCCUGGUCACCUCUGAAAAAACACAGCCCUCCAGCCCUGAGGCCACAGAGAAAGUACUAUAACCAGUUCAUAAGCAUGCAUCAGUAAGCUUUUCUUUUUAUAUUUUCAUAGAAGUUUUUAAUUUGAUUGUGGGGAUUUUUCCUGAAUAAUACAAUUUUAUGACACAUGAAAAACCAAGGACACUUGAAAAAUGAUCACCACCUUUCACUGUUGAGCUGGCUUCUUAUACAUAAUUCUCAGCACAAUGCACGCCCUUCCCCACAGCUGUCCUUUCCCUGACAUGUCUAGUGAGUUCUAGAGCAUAUAAACCUAAACUCAUUCUAAGGUCUCUAAAAUUAAGGUCCAUCUGGACUCUUCAGCGUGGAAGUUCCAAGCCACAGAGGAGAUGGAGUGGUAAGAACAUGUAGAGUUUCGUCAACUUGGUUUUGCAAACUCUCGCUCCGUAAGUAAGCUCCACCCCUCAGUUUCCCCGUCUGCACAGUGGGCGUAACAGCGUUGUUGUAAAGCUUAGGGAAAGAUGGGGCAGCCAAACACAGGAGGACUCCUGUGGCACUCUGUGCUUUCUUUUUGGUAACACAACAAUUCUCAGGCUUUUUUUUUUUUUGAGACGGAGUCUCACUCUGUCACCCAAGCUGAAG